GCAUUCAAAGUUGUUCUCCUUCUCGGAGACAAGGGUCACCCUCGAAACAAAACCUGGAGGUAUGUAACAUAAGACAGAGAACUCUAUCAAAGAUUGUUGGGAAUGUUAGUAAUUCUGACGUUUCUAAUCCCAUCACAGAGAUAUCUCGGUUUCCUUCCCAUGCUAGCAUUUGCCGCGACUUUACAAGCCUCCUGGGAAGCGAUCGGGGCUAGUAUGUAUGCAGGUAUGGAGAAUGGGGGCCCUGUGGCCCUUAUCUAUGGGUUGAUAUUGGCAACUAUCGGUUCAUUGGGAAUGGCCCUUUCACUCGCCGAGUUGGCAUCAAUAACCCCCGUGGCAGGAGCCCAAUACCAUUGGACAUAUGAUCUUGCUCCGUUCGCUCCACGAUUUCUAAGUUUUAUUCAAGGAUGGAUUACAAUGUUUUCCUGGUGGGCCAAUGUCGCCACCUCGCCUUUCUUGAUUGGUACCCAAAUUACGGCCCUUGCGAUCCAGAACAACCCUACCUAUGUCCCGAAGUCGUGGCAUGCCACGCUGAUUAUUUGGGCCGUCUUGGUGAUCCCAUUGGCUGUCAAUAUCUACGCUCGUCGCCUGUUGUCUGCCGUGGAGGUGAUGGGCGGCAUCAUUCAUAUUGUGUUUUUCCCCGCCGUGCUCGUUACCUUGAUCGUCCUGGGCUCCCGGAACUCUUCAGAGUUCGUAUGGACUUACUUUGAGAACCAAAUGAGCGGGUGGCACAAUGACGGGGUCAUUUGGUCUGUGGGCCUUUUGACUGCGGUCUACACAUUGGGCGGAUUCGACGGCGUGGUUCACAUGGCGGAGGAGGUUAAGGACGCCCGUCGCACCGUUCCCCGAUCCAUGGUAUACAGUGUCCUGAUCAACGGCGUAGUCGCGUUGGGAUUCACCAUCGGACUGAUGUACACCAUGGGUAGCUUUGAGGACGCGCUCAACACACCGACGGGCUACCCAAUCCUUGCGAUCUUAUACGCGGCGACAAAGUCCAAUGCAGCUGCCUCAGUCAUGAUGAUGAUGUUCAUGUUGCCGGGCUUUGUGGCCUUGUUCAAUGGGCUAGCCUCGGUGACCCGGUUGACUUGGGCGUUUGCGCGCGAUGAAGGCCUUCCCUUUUCAGCUUACUUUGUGCAUAUCUCCCCCAGGUACAAGGUUCCCCUACGUGCACUCUUUUUGGUCUCACUCAUUAUCGUGCUGCUUGCCUUGAUCAACAUCGGCUCCACCACGGCCUUCAACGCGCUUCUAUCCCUCACCACUCUCGGCCAAUACAUUUCUUACCUGAUCCCUCUCAUUUUCCUGCUGAUUAAACGCAUUCGUGCGCCGCAUGAGGUGCGCUGGGGAUCAUUCCGGUUGGGUGUAUGGGGAAUCCCUCUCAAUAUUUUCGUCAUCAUCUAUGGGAUAUAUGUUAUCAUUUUCCUCCCGUUUCCUCCCAACUAUCCAGUGACGGCGCAAAACAUGAACUACUCUGCUCCUGUCUUUCUCGCAGCUGUCCUGUUUGCCAUUAUUGAUUGGUUUGUUCGGGGCCACAGACAUUGGCAGGGUCCCAGGAUCAAGGUGACGUCGGAUUAGAAUAAACGCCCCUCUACUUCUUCCAUUUGUUGAAACGCUUUGCGCCAUAUUUCCACUAGAACUGGCAUCACUACCACAAUAAUGUCUCUUCCAUUCAUUUCGCCCUUCGAUUGUCACUCUUCCAGCUUGAACAGCGUUUUUACGAGCAGCACUGGCUGAGGCACAACCCCUGCUCUGGCCUGAACUCUAGUGCUUACUUUUACCGGCAUCUCAUUUGAGGGACUUCUAACCUCCCCCCCCGAUCGUCAUAACAGAUGUAACCUCCGACAUCCAGCCGUUAAUCUAGGAUAUAUUAGAGUGUGACUCGGGUGGGUAUCCAAUAAUCUAGGCUUGUCCUCCGGUAGGACAAUGAAUCUUGCUAAUUUAAACAAACCCUUGGCUAAUGCUUAUCGUGCGGCCCCAGCCGCCCAUUCACCAGUGGGAUCUGCGGCGUAAUACUCUUCUUUGGAUCUGAUCUGCUCCAUACAUGACCAAUGAGAUUUGAACUAAUGCGGGCAGGAAUGUCAGUUCUCCCGGUCGGAAACUUCUGUAAUUAGUACCCCGCUGAGAUUCGAAGUGAGGCAUGUAUAGAGAGUAAAGCUAGGGUUUACCUCUCAUUGAGGCCUGCGUGAAUGAUACUAUGGAACAAUGUUACCUAAUCUCUAUUCCAUUCAUGCUG